CUCCAAACCCUCCAGAAAAACCCACGAAGAAGACGAAAAUACGCAGAUAGCAAGAGAAAGUGUUGCUAAGUGGAUUUGAUUCAUGCCAUGUCCUAGAAAACAUUUUUAUAGAUACAACUUUAGCACAGACGCUACUAAGAUUAACUCUCGCGGACAUUGUUUUGGUAUAUUUAAUCCAAUCCGCCUGAGAGAUAUGAUAAUUAAUUGCUGACAAGCUACAGGCUUAAAGCACAGAAACAUGAACGUUUCAUAUACUUUUAAAUCCUCUUCUUAGUGGACAAGACUGCAAGUCAUACUGAACAGCAGAUUGUUGUCACAGUGCUGAUCAAUGAUAGUUUAUCUGCAGUAUGUCAGAGAAGAGAGGAAAGAUGAGUCUCUCACAGAAACAGAGUGUAAGAUCAGGCUCACAUGUGUCCAGCUCUGUGUCUGUGAAGAGUGACUGUUCAAAAGAUGUGCCACCGAAGUUCAGUGAGAAAAAAGCAUCAGCUACCAAAAGUGUAAGAUCAGGCUCGCAUGUGUCCAGCUCUGUGUCUGUGAAGAGUGACUGUUCAAAAGAUGUGCCACCGAACUUAAGUGAGAAAAAACCAUCAUCUACCAAAAGGGUUCAAUAUGAGACAUUAGAUUCAGACGUCCAGACUCACAGGAACUACAAGAAUUUCAAAGACAAUCUGCUGUGGAUCUUUCAGGAUCUUGAAAGCAAAAUAAUCACAUUUCUGAAGAAUGAGCUGGAAAAGUUUAAGAAAAUAUUACAAAAAGAAGACAUACAAUGCUUUGUGAAGGAUUUUAAUGAAAACAGAUGCAGUAACAAAGAAGCAGCUCUUGAUCUCACGCUCUACUUCCUGAGAGAGAUGAAGCAAGAUGAAGCUGCUGAUACUCUAGAAGAUGAGCUGGUCUUCAUUCAUCAGCUAAAAUGUAGCCUAAAGAAGAAGUAUCAAUGUGUGUUUGAAGGAAUUGCAAAGCAAGGUGACUCUACACUUCUGAACAACAUCUACACAGAUCUCUAUAUCACUCAGGGUUGUAGUGAACAGGUCAAUACUGAACAUGAGGUAAGACAGAUUGAAGUUGCUUCCAGACGUCAUGAAUCACAGGAGAUACAGGUUGAGUGCAAAAAUUUGUUUGAAGCACCUGAACAAGACAAGCAGAUCAGAACUGUACUGACAAAAGGAGUUGCUGGCAUCGGAAAAUCAGUCUCUGUGCAGAAGUUUGUUGUGGAUUGGGCCGAAGGAAAAGAAAAUCAAGAUAUCAGCUUCAUAUUUCCUCUUCCAUUCAGAGAGAUGAACUUAAAGGAGAAAGACAAACUAAGUUUGAUGGACCUUAUAACUCAGUUUUUCCCAGAGACAAAAGGACUGAACCUUACAAGAAGAAAUCAAUUCAAAGUCCUGUUCAUUCUUGAUGGAUUGGAUGAAUGUAGACUUCCUGUAAACUUUAAGGAUAAUGAGACGUGGUCUGAUGUAUCAUCACCAGCCUCUCUGGAUGUUCUCCUAACAAACCUCAUCAAGGGAAAUCUGCUUCCUUCUGCUCUCAUCUGGAUCACCACCAGACCAGCAGCUGCCAGUAAGAUUCCUCCUGACUGUAUCGACCGGCUGACAGAGAUACGAGGAUUCAAUGAUGCACAAAAGGAGGAGUACUUCAGAAAGAGAUUAAUGGAUGAGAAUCUGGCCAAAGAAAUCAUUGAUCAUGUUAAACAAUCAAAGAGUCUCUUUAUCAUGUGCCACAUCCCAGUCUUCUGCUGGAUUUCAGCCACUGUUCUCCAGAACAUUUUAGAGGCAAAAAGAAAUAAUGUUGUGAAAAAUAAUCAGGCUGAUGAUGCCUCCAAAACACUGCAGGAGUCAAAUACUGAAGACACUCCUAAGACUCUGACACAAAUGUACACACACUUUCUCAGAUUUCAGAUCCAGCAGAGCAGACGAAAGUAUGAUGGAGAAUAUACACCAGAUGUUUCCUGGGAUAAAGAUGCCAUUUAUUCACUGGGGAAACUGGCAUUUGAUCAGCUGGAAAGAAACAAUGUGAUCUUCUAUGACACAGAUCUGGAAGCCUGUGGUAUUGAUGUCUAUAAGGCAUCAGUGUACUCAGGCAUGUGUACCCAGAUCUUUAAGGAGGAAACAGGGAUCGUUGUUGGUACCAUGUACUGCUUCGUUCACUUGAGCAUUCAAGAGUUUAUUGCAGCCCUUUAUGCACAUUUGUUUCUAGACAUAAAGCAGAGAAGUAUAUUUGUUCGUGAGUCCACAGAACAGGAAAACAAAAGUGAAACCAUGAUUGAUUUGCUCAAAACUGCAGUGGACAAGGCACUAGAGAGUGAUAAUGGACACCUGGAUCUUUUUCUUCGAUUCCUCCUUGGUUUGUCACUCCAGUCCAAUCAGCGACUCUUACAGGGUCUGUUGACACAGCAAAAUGGAAAUGACCAGAGCAAAAAGGAAAUAGUUCAGUACAUCAAGCAGAAAUUUGAAGCUAAUCUGUCUCCAGAGAGAUCCAUCAAUCUGUUCUACUGUCUGAAUGAACUGAACGACCAAACUCUGGUGAAAGAGAUUCAGACCCACCUUAGAGAAGGAAGUCUCUCAUCUGCUGAUCUUUCACCUGCCCAGUGGUCUGCUUUGGUUUUUGUGUUGUUGACAUCAGAGGAGGAGCUGGAGGAGUUUGAGCUUCAGAAAUUCAAGAAAUCAGACGAGUGUCUCAUUAGAUUAUCAGCAGUCAUCAAAACCUCCAAAAGGGCUCUGCUAAAUGAUUGUGGCUUAACAGACAAAAGCUGUUUAGCUCUGGCUACAGUUCUUGGAUCAGAUACCAGACUGAAAGAGCUGAACAUGAGCAAUAAUAACCUGCAGGAUUCAGGAGUGAAGCUGCUCUGCACUGGACUGAAUAAUAUAAAUUGCAAAUUAGAGAUAAUGAGACUUUCAGACUGCAGUAUUACUGAAGAAGGUUAUAAAGCUCUGGCUUCAGCUCUGAGAUCAAACCCUUCACACCUGAUAGAGCUGGAUCUCACAGGAAAUGAUCCUGGACAAUCAGGAGUGAAGCAGCUCAGUGAUUUACUACAGGAUCCAAACUGUCAACUGAAGACACUGAGGUUUUUAGGUCCUGCUGCAGAUGAAGCCUGUCAGUAUGUGACUGGAAUUGUGGGUAAAAACCCGUUACUCCUGAGAGAGCUGAAUCUGAGUGAACAUGAACUAGGAGACACACGAGUGAAUCAGAUCGCUGCUCUACUGCAGGAUAAACACUGUCAACUCAACACACUGAUUCUGAAUAACUGCUGUAUCACAGAAGGAGGUUGUCAUGUUCUGGCUGCAGCUCUAAACUCAAACCCUUCAAAUCUGACAGAGCUGGAUCUGAGUGAGAAUAAACUAGGAAACCCAGGAAUGAAGAUCAUCUUGACUCUGUUUGAAAAUGUACAGUGUAGACUGGAAAAGCUGAAGUUAAACUGCAUCAGUAUUACAGAUGAAGGUUGUGCUGCUCUGGCAUCAGCGUUUAAUUCAAACCUCAGAGAGCUGGAUCUGAGCAGGAAUCAAAUAAGAGACUCUGGAGUGACAGAAAUCUCCAGGCUGCUGAGAAAUUCACAGACACUACAGAUACUCAGACUUUCAGACUGCAGUAUCACUGAAGAAGGUUAUAAAGCUCUGUCUUCAGCUCUGAGAUCAAACCCUUCACACCUGAUAGAGCUGGAUCUCACAGGGAAUGAUCCUGGACAAUCAGGAGUGAAGCAGCUCAGUGAUUUACUGCAGGAUCCAAACUGUCAACUGAAGACACUGAGGUUUCUGGGUCCUGCUGCAGAUGAAGCCUGUCGGUAUGUGACUGGAAUUGUGGGUAAAAACCCGUUACUCCUGAGAGAGCUGAAUCUGAGUGGACAUGAACUAGGAGACACACGAGUGAAUCAGAUCGCUGCUCUACUGCAGGACAAACACUGUCAACUCAACACACUGCUACUCUCAAACUGCAGUAUCACUGAAGAAGGUUAUAAAGCUCUGUCUUCAGCUCUGAGAUCAAACCCUUCACACCUGAUAGAGCUGGAUCUCACAGGAAAUGAUCCUGGACAAUCAGGAGUGAAGCAGCUCAGUGAUUUACUGCAGGAUCCAAACUGUCAACUGAACACACUGAGGUUUGUGGGUCCUGCUGCAGAUGAAGCCUGUCAGUAUGUGACUGGAAUUGUGGGUAAAAACCCGUUACUCCUGAGAGAGCUGAAACUGAGUCUACGUGAACUAGGAGACACACGAGUGAAUCAGAUCGCUGCUCUACUGCAGGAUAAACACUGUCAACUCAACACACUGAUUCUGUAUAGAUGCAGUAUUACAGAGAAACAGUGUCUCAUCCUGACUUCAGCUCUGAAAUCAAACCCAUCACACCUGAGAGAACUGAACCUGAGCAGGAAUGAACUCGGAGACUCUGGAGUGAAACACCUCAGUGAUCUACUGAUGAACACACAAUGCAAGCUGGAGAAACUAGUUCUGUGUGGAUGCAGUAUUACAGAGAAACAGUGUCUCAUCCUGACUUCAGCUCUGAAAUCAAACCCAUCACACCUGAGAGAACUGAACCUGAGCUGGAAUCAAAUAAAAAACACAGGAGUGAAUCACUUAUGUGACGUACUGAAGGAUUCACGCUGUAAACUGGAGAGAUUGAGUCUUUAUGACUGUGGCAUUACAGAUGUUUCUUCUUUAACUCAGUCUUUGAGAAACACAAAAGCUCUGCAGUUUCUAAAAGAGCUUGAUCUGAGACUGAUUAGAGACUCAAAGCAGCAGCUCAUUGAUGUGCUACGAGACUCAAACUGUAAACUGAGUGUAGAUACACAUCCAUCACCAGAAGUCCCUGAUAGAGAUCCAUCACCAAAAGGUGAUAAAUGCUGUAUAUCAUAGUUUGAAGUCGUCUUGAGAGGAGCAGUAAACAUCAGGUGAAGAUCCACAGAAGAGCUGCACUACUGCGUCUAUGAGGAGAAAUAAAUGUGUGAUAAAUGUGUAAAUGUGAUCCAUACACGUGAAGAGACUCAGACUUUACAAUGAAAUAAUGCAGCAUGUGUGUUAGAAACAUGAUAUUGAAUGAUUAAUGUUGCUUUAGUAUUCAAACUAAUGAUCAUUUUGUUUAAUUUAAAGCUGGAACAGAGGAAGAAGCUCAGAUGAGUCUGUCUGGCUCUUCAGUUUAAUAAUAUUUGUAAAGCAUGUACAAAAAUGUGGUUUAUCACCUUUUUUCAGUAUACAGUCUUUUACCCAUCAUAUUACAUCUCAGUAUUUAUACAAACACUGUUAAUUAUUUAAUCAUUUAUACUUCUCAUUUUUCAAUUUUCUGUUGCUUCAUUACAAUUGUACUGUCAUUGCUCAAUACAAUAUUUGUAUAAAUUUCCUAUAAUUAAAAUCACACCUUCUUACA